AUGUCGAAAACAGAUAAUAUUAAACUGUUUACAGAAAUUCUAGGCAAGUGUGAAUACGAUAAACAAGACGAUAAUAUCAAAAAGCAACUACAACAAUUAAUAACUUCAUUGCUAAAAACUGCACAAGAAAACUGUGUUCAAUAUCUGAUUCAAUUCAAAGAAGAAAAGAAAAAGACUUUGUCGAAAGAGGAACUGAAGAAAGAAGCAAGAUCAUUAAUGCACAAACAAUUAAAACUAUUAUUAAUAAAUCAAGAAUUUUUAAAUUCAUGCCGCAGUAUUAUUAAUUCCAAAAAUGAAAUAGCAAGAAAAAACUCUUUGAUUAUACAAAAUAAUAACACUGAACAUUCAAAAAUAAACAUAAUUCCAUUAACAGAGAGCAAAAUAGUAAAAAAUCCAAAAAAAUCGAAAAAAGAAAUAAAAAAUAAAAUUGAAAGGAAAUUGCAGUCAAAAGAGGGUGAUCAGUUACAAAUUAAUGAAAAAUGCAUAGAAAAUACUAUCCCAAAAUUUAAUGCAGUUCAACAUGAUCAAUUAAAACCAAUUUAUAGUGCUAUUACUGAAGCAAUGAAUUCAACAAAUGCAUGUAAUGGAGCACCAUUUACAACUCAAUCGUAUACAUCCUGUAAUCUUUCAACGACCAUUAAGACUAAUUUACUGGGUAGUAACCCAAACAGUUUAAAGUCUUCUAAAUCGACCAAAUCUUUAUCACCAAUCAAAAACGAACGAAAUACAUCACUAAAAACUGUGAGUGGAAAAGAUAGUAAAAAAUCAAUAAUUUCCAUUCCAGUUGAAGUAUCAAUAAAUCUACAAGGAGCAAGUUUAAUACGAUUUUCAAAAAUAAAAGAAUCAGUUGAAAUUGCUAUACGCCAGCGAAAAACAUUUAUGAUAUGUAGCUAUGGAAUACCAAGACGAUUUUUAACGAAUCGUGGUUGGGUCGAAAAAAUAAUAACUAGUAAAAACUCACAAGAAAUUGUAAUCAAUGCAGAAAAAAAAACUUUGAUACAAUUGUUCAAUUUAAUUGAUGAUCCAAACCAUGGAUAUUUAUAUAAUAGAAUGUUAAAAUCAAAACUAUUAGGGAAUAAUCCUUGCGAUUUAAUUUGGGAUCCAAAACCACCUAUGUACAAUUUAAUAAAAAGUAUGAAAAAGCCCGUAUAUGUGAAUCAUUUUAGAAAACGUGGCCAAUACGACUUUUGUUCAAAAAUUGGUUUAUGUCGCCAUAUGCGCAAUUUAAAAUGGAAUUAUCGACCUGGUUUUGCCGAUGUUUAUUUUCCACGUACAUACAUCUUUUCCGAUAAUGAAAUGAAUGAUUUUAUAUAUGAUUUCCGUAUUACGGCAUGUAUGGCAUUACUUAAAUGGACAGUAAGUCGAUCGAAAUUAAAUAAAGCAAUUGUUACAAGAGAUGGUAAAGUACCAAUUGAUGCAUUUUUCUUUGCCAUCUUACAAUGCAUUGGAUAUAUUAAACAUUGCAAAGAUUGUGAAUUUCGAAUAUCGUAUUCUGCCCAAACUUGGAAUAAUUUCAUUGAUCAUUACUACCAAUGCGUAUAUAAAGAUGAAAAUUUUUAUAGUGCAGAAGUUGAUGAUGUUGCGGAUAUGAUUACGCAAGCUACAGAAGUAUUAGCACGCAUUCGUGUUCAUCGUCCGGAAAUAAAUUUUGAAGGAAAUUAUAAUGUAUGGAUAUUAAAACCGGAUCAACAUUCACGUGGUCAAGGAAUUCAUGUGUGCCGAAAAUUGAGUCAAAUUAAAGAAUUGGUUAAUAAAAAUUCACAUUUGCGUUAUUUGGUUCAAAAGUAUAUAGAAAAUCCGCUAAUUAUUUAUAAUACCAAGUUUGACAUUCGACAAUGGUUUUUAAUUUCAUCAACAACUCCAUUGACUGUGUGGAUUUAUGAAGAAUGUUAUUUAAGAUUCAGUUCACAGCAAUAUGACUUGACAAAAUGUCACGAAUCCAUACAUUUAACGAAUAAUUCAGUACAAUGUCGUUACAAAAAUAACACUGGGCGUGAUAAAAAUUUACCACGGGACAAUAUGUGGGACUCUAUUAAAUUUGAUACAUAUUUGAAAUCAAUUGGUCACCCAGAAGCUUGGAAAAAUAUAAUUUACCCUAAAAUGAAACAAGCGAUUAUGGCUGUUAUAUUAUCAGCGAAAGAUGACAUGGAAAAAAGAGAGUAUUCUUUUGAAUUAUAUGGUGCUGACUUUAUGAUAACAUCGGAUUUUCAACCGUGGCUAAUAGAAGUUAAUUCUCACCCAGCGAUGAGUCCAUCCACAUCAGUUACCGCUAGAAUGUGCCCAGAAGUGAUUGAUAAUGUUCUGAACGUUGUGUUAGGUAAAAAUGAUGCAAAUAGCAAAUGCAAAUUUGAAUUAAUAUAUAAAGAAGAAGAAGAGAAAGAAAAUGAAAUAAAAUCCCCGGAUGAUUUAUAUGUUUAUGGUACACCGUUACCAGUAAAAUAUUAUACUUUAAUUGACGAAGCAAUUAAAACACGUACUUCUUCAAUUAUUCAGAAAACUGACAGUAAUGAUUCAUUAACGUUAACAGAUAAUACAAAUAGGAAAAAUUCAGCAUUCUACAAAAAUAAUUUUACAUUUGAAUCUUUACCAAACGCAAUGGAAAAACAAGAAUUAAUUACAAUGAGUUCUAUACAUUUACCGAACAAUAGUGGUGACCCCAUUACAUCAAUCGAUGAUCAAAUUGAAAUAACGAGAAAAAUUGUACAUAUGCGAUCGAUAUUAACUUAUUUAAUGAAGUUGUUAAAUCGUGAACGUUUAAAACGUUCUAUUGAAGAUAAAUCACAAAACAAUACACAAUUUGCACCUAUUAUUAAUGAGCAAGAUAUUGAAAAUACAAUUGAAGAUAUACAAAACACAAUUGAAUCAUUGACAAAAGGAAGAUUAUUAUCAAAUGUGAGUUCGAUAAAGCCACCUGAUUAUUUAAAUGAUGAAAAUAAGCUGUUAACAAAUAAAUCACUUCUUUCACCAAAAACUUUGACGAAUAUAAUUACAAUUUUGACUAUUUAA